UAAAGGUCAAUACAGUUGGGAAACAUGGCGGCUCCCUCUGACAGGAUGGGGCUGCUUUUCCUGACGCUGCUGACUGUCUGUUGUACCGACGCGGUGGAUCGUAGUAACUUCAAAACAUGUGAUCAAAGUGCCUUCUGCAAGCGUCAAAGAGAUGUGAAGCCAGGACCAUCUCCAUACAGGGCUCUACUGGAGACAAUGCAGCUCAGUGAUUCACGUCUCACUCUGCAGCUCAUCAAUGACAACAACAAGGUGCGAUUGCUGUUGGAGCUGUACCGGCUGCAAGGCAACAUGACACGGGUUAAAAUCAACGAACUGAAACCCCUCAAGCCCAGAUAUGAGGUUCCAGACGUUCUCAUCAAAGACCCGCCGACCGAGCCUCUCUCGGUGAUCGAUCGCGAUGAGAAUGGCGUUGUUCUUUCCCUGGGGGCAGAUGAGCAGCGGGUCAUCAUCAGUGCCCGUCCGUUCCGUCUGGACGUGGUGGAGGGGGCGAAGGUCCUGCUGUCCCUCAACUCGCGUGGCCUGCUGGUGUUCGAGCGCCUCCGCCCGCGCAAGGACACUAUCUCUCAUAAAAUAACUAGCACAGUCGGUAGCAUGUGGGAUAAGAUCAAGAGCGUGUUCUCUAGUUCAAGUGAGACAGACCCAGAGGAAAAUCCAGAUGCUGUGGCACAAAAUGUACCCGAGCAGGUCGAGGCUGCAGAUGAGGUGCAGGAAGAGGAUCAGCCUGGCAUGUGGGACGAGACCUUCAAGUCUCAUGCAGAUACUAAGCCCAAUGGUCCAUCCUCCAUCAGCUUGGACUUCUCCUUCCCCGACGUUGCACAUGUCUACGGCAUUCCAGAGCACGCCGACAGCCUCAAACUCAAAAGCACAGAAGGAGGGGAUCCGUAUCGGCUCUACAACCUGGAUGUGUUCCAGUAUGAGCUCUACAACCCCAUGGCUCUGUACGGAGCCGUGCCCGUGCUGCUGUCCCACACUGCCGAUAGGACCAUGGGCCUCUUCUGGCUCAAUGCCGCUGAGACCUGGGUGGACAUCGGCACCAGCUCCGUCACACAGGGUGACAGUGAAGUGCCUGAGACAAACGUACGCUGGAUUUCCGAGAGUGGCAUCAUCGAUGUGUUCAUCAUGCUUGGUCCCCGCCCCACUGACGUCUUCUCGCAGUAUGCCUCCCUCACAGGCACCCAGGCCUUCCCUCCGCUGUCCGCUCUGGCGUACCACCAGUGCAGAUGGAACUAUAACGACCAGGAGGAUGUGAAGGAGGUGGACGCUGGCUUUGACGAACACGACAUCCCCUACGACUUCAUCUGGCUGGACAUCGAGCACACCGACGGCAAGCGCUACUUCACCUGGGACCCAAACAAGUUCUCUCAGCCACGGGAGAUGCUGCAGAACCUCAAGGACAAGAGAAGAAAGAUGGUCACCAUUGUGGACCCCCACAUCAAGGUAGACAGUGGCUACAAGAUCCACAAUGAGAUUCGCUCAAAGGACUUUUACAUAAAAAACAAAGAUGGUGGCGACUACGAAGGGUGGUGCUGGCCAGGGAAUGCAGGGUAUCCAGACUUCACCAACCCUGAGAUGAGAACUUGGUGGGCUAGCAAGUUUGCUUACGACCAGUACGAGGGCAGCAUGGACAACCUGUACACCUGGAACGACAUGAACGAGCCGUCUGUGUUCAACGGGCCCGAGGUCACCAUGCACAAGGACGCGCUGCAUGGCCCCUGGGAGCACAGGGACGUGCACAACCUCUACGGCUUCUACGUGCAAAUGGCCACUGCUGAGGGUCAGAUCCAGCGCUCUGGUGGAGUGGAGAGGCCGUUUGUCCUGACCAGGGCUUUCUUCGCAGGAUCCCAGCGCUAUGGUGCGGUGUGGACAGGUGACAACGCUGCAGAGUGGGGCCACCUGAAGAUGUCCAUCCCCAUGUGCCUCAGCCUGGGACUAGUGGGCAUCUCCUUCUGCGGAGCCGACGUCGGGGGCUUCUUCAAGUCCCCCAGUGAGGAGCUGCUGGUGCGCUGGUACCAGGCGGGGGCCUACCAGCCCUUCUUCCGGGCCCACGCCCACCUGGACACCCCGCGCCGGGAGCCCUGGCUCUUCGGGCCCGACAACACGGCUCUUAUCCGGGAGGCGGUGAGGCAGCGCUACACCCUGCUGCCCUACUGGUACCAGCUCUUCUACAACGCCUACCGCACCGGACAGCCCGUCAUGAGACCCCUGUGGGUGGAGUACCCUGAGAACGUGGCUACCUUCGCCAUCGAGGAUGAAUUCUUACUGGGGAAGGACCUGCUGGUUCAUCCAGUCACAGAUGAAAGGUCACAAGGGGUAACCGCCUACUUGCCGGGAGAGGCUGAGCUUUGGUAUGAUGUCCAUACCUUCAAGAAGCACAAUGGGAACCAAAACCUUUACAUUCCUGUUACCAUGAGCUCCAUUCCAGUCUUCCAGAGAGGUGGUUCCAUCAUCAGUAGGAAGGACCGCAUGCGCAGGUCAUCCGCCUGUAUGGAGGACGACCCCUAUACUCUUUAUGUGGCUUUAAAUGCACAGGGAACUGCCGAAGGGGAACUGUACAUCGACGAUGGGCACUCUUUCAAUUUCGACAAGCAGAGGCAGUUCAUUCAUAGACGUCUGACGUUCGCCGAAGGCGCACUAACAUCGAGCAACCUGUCUCCAGACUCCAGUUUCUCCACGGCCUCUUGGGUGGAGAAGGUGGUCUUCAUGGGAGUCUCCUCACCUAAUGCUGCUACCCUCAAAACUCAGGAUGGCACCGAGAGUGCCCUGGAGUUCGACUUUGAUGCCAAUGCGGAGCUGCUCACCCUGCGCAAGCCUGGCGUGAACGCGGGCGCUGACUGGACCAUCCACCUGCGGUAGCGCAGGGCUCAGGGCCAUGGACUCCAUCUCAUCCCUUUCCUCUACUCUCACCAAAGCAGGGGAGGGUCAGCACUUAAAACAUGACCGCUGUUUUACACAUGCAUACACUCGGACACGCAUCACAACUUGACACACAAGCAUACAUGUGACGUGUCUCUCACAUACUCUCUUUCUGUCUCUGACACACACACACACACACACACACACACACACACACACACACACACACACACACACACACACACACACACACACACACACACACACACACACCACUUGUAGGGUUAAGAUUGAGAUUAGGUGGGUGUCCGUCCAUGGGGAGGUGAAAAGGUGUUGUAGGGAUAGGAUUGGCUCAUCUCUCAUCCUCCAUAGAGAUUUAUCUUCAGUGAGAACGGACCGUGGGUUUUACUUGAGCUGGCUAGGACCACAUUUGUAGAUUAUGUCAUAGGAUUAGUUUGAUUUCUGUUUGAACAAUGUUUGUCGAUUUUUGUCAACUUCUUCUGUCUCCUGUUUUCAAAAACUGUCACCAAAACCACACUCAGACAUUCUGGAAUGUGACAAGAGCUUUGCACUUGAACAAUUGAACCUUGUGAGAGAUGUUGGUUAACUAUGUAUUAUUACCAUUGUCUUAAAAUGAUUUUUAAAAGUCUGCAUUUCCUGUUUAGCAAUUUAAAAUGAAGUAAAGUAAAAGUAAGAAAAUGAAAUUAAUGUAAUGAUUAAAAACACCCUUUCCAAUAGAA